CUCCUUGAUUAAACGAAAUUCGAAAAACUAAUUGCACAUAAUGCCCAUCCAACCGUUCGAAAUGAGUACGGCCAGUAUACUGUCCAUUGUAGGAACUACUUGGAAUGUAGCCAGCGAGAAAGUGGAUCGGUCGAGGGUCACUCGCACCACACAGAGCUUGGCGGCAGAGGCAGCGAAAGAACUCAGAGAGACGGCCUCUACGAGAGAUCAGGCGCUGCACAUCAUGAGGGAUUGGAUACAGAAGAAUAAUGACAUCAAAAAUGUACGACAAGAUGACGCCUUCUUGCUACGUUUUCUGCGCCAUAAAAAGUACAGCGUGCCAAUGGCCCAACAAACACUAUUAAAAUAUUUGAAUUUGAGAAAAUACUAUCCUGAAAUUUUUAUGAAGAUGGAUUGUGAAGACGAGAAUAUACAAGAUAUAAUCAAUAAUGGGUACAUGGCGGUAUCUCCAGUUCGGGACAGCAAAGGUCGACGGGUCAUCAUUUACAACAUGAGUAAAUUCAAUGCCAGUAAGUUGACAUGCUGGGACAUGUGCCGUGUGCAUACCCUGAUUUACGAGAGUCUGCUGGAAGACCCCAUCGAUCAAAUCUGUGGGUUCACUCAUGUGGGCGACGGCAGCGGUGUUACUGGAGCGCACAUUACCGCUUGGAAUCCAACUGACUUCGCCAGAGUGAUGAAAUGGGGCGAGCAAUCAAUGCCAAUGAGACAUAAGGAGUGCCACUUAAUUAAUAUACCAACCGCCAUCAAAUACAUUAUAGACUUCGCAAAAAGCAAAGUUACACAAAAAAUGGUAUCAAGGCUUCAUAUACAUUCAUCUCUAAAACAGCUUCACAAAAAAGUAGACGUGGCAUGUCUGCCCACAAUAUAUGGUGGAGAAAUACCACUCCAGGAUAUGAUAACAUUCACUAAACAACUGAUAAGCGACCAGAGGAAAAAGGUGUUAGCACUGGACGAUAUGCAAAUAUUGAGCACAAGGGGCAUCAUAUCAUCUAGAGCGAAACCUGGUCAAAACGAUACUGUAUCAGUAGAAGGCAGUUUUAGGAAAUUAGAAAUAGAUUAACUUUUUAAUAAUAUUAGGUGUGAUU